GAAGGAAAUAAACAAAACAAAAGCAAGAAAGCAUGGAGUCCGUGCGGGGGGAUGAACGGCGGCAGCAACAGCAGCAGGGAGGGUGACUGACAGGACUGAGUGCCAGCCACAACAGCCCAUUCACUGCUGCCAGGCCCUAUCUGAGAUAAGCCUUGGAUGGGACAUCUUUAACUCCUGUUUUCUACAACUGGGCGACAGCAACACCUGAUUGCAUGUAUAAUUUUCUUGCCACUAAUAAACACAGGCUGGAAAGGAGGUCCAGCGAAAAGCAAACAAGUAAUUUAGAGUUGGUUCUGGAAGACUUGGGCUUUGAAAUGCCUCAGCCCAGUGUCAGCGGAAUGGAUCCUCCUUUCGGAGAUGCCUUUCGGAGCCCUGCAUUUGCAGAGCAGACGUUAAUGAGCACUGACUUACUGGCAAAUAGCUCAGAUUUCAUGUAUGAACUGGAAAGAGAAUUGGGCUACCAGCAGAGUCCAACUGAAAAUUUCUUGACACUGGAGGACUGCAAAGACUUGGCAACCUUGGAUUCCUUCACAGAUAUCCUGGAGAGCAAUCCACCAUUAUGUUCUAACUGGGAGCAAUGGGAUACGUAUUGCGAGGACUUGACUAAGUAUACAAAGCUGGCAAGUUGUGACAUAUGGGGAACCAAAGAAGUGGAUUACCUUGGACUUGAUGACUUCUCCAGUCCCUAUCAGGAUGAGGAGGUGAUCAGCAAAACGCCUACUCUUGCUCAACUUAAUAGUGAGGACUCACAGUCUGUUGCAGAUUCUCUUUACUAUACAGAUGGCUUCUUGUGUCCCAAGGUUACCAUUUUACCAGGAAAGAAAAUUACGUCUGGGAGGGCCACUGCUCCAGUGUGUUCAUCCAAGACCACCCAUGUAGAUGUGCCAUUAGUUGAGUGCUUACAAAAGACUGCCAAGCCUGCAGCGAGCACCCAGAUGGUAGCAAAGACUAAUGUUUCAUGUGAAGAGAAGGUCAACAUUCAUGGAGAGUGCAAAGACUAUGUGAAAAAAGCCAAGGUAAAGAUCAGUUCUGUACUUCCUAAUCGGCCGUCCGCUACAGUUAUUACAACUGAUGCAGCCAAGGAAAAUACAUGUUUUUGUGGAGCUAUGGCCAAGAAGCAGGAGAGGGCAAGCGGUGAGCCCUCUUUGGGUCGUAGGAGUUGUGCCAUCCUGCCUUUCAAAGAGACUCAAAAACUUUUUUGCCCGCAACCAAGUGUGACCACAAUUGGUGUUAGUGAGGAGAGUGUUGCUUUAGGUGCCUCUGUUUCUGAUCCUUCACAAAAGAAAGAGGAGCACAACUACUCCCUUUUUGUCUGUGAGGAAGUUACUGAAUCAGCAGUCAAGACCGAGAGCCCACAGCAUGAUGAUGAUGAGGAAGAUGUGGAAUUGGACGAAGAAGAUCAUGAUGAAGGAUUUGGUAGUGAGCAUGAAUUAUCUGACAAUGACGAUGAUGAGGAGGAAGAGGAGGAGGAGGAGGAGGAGGAAGAAGAAGACUAUGAGGAUGAUAAGGAUGAUAUUAGUGAUACCUUUUCUGAACCAGGCUAUGAGAAUGAUUCUGUGGAGGAUCUGAAAGGUGUUACUGCUGUGUCCACAAGGAAAAGAGGAAAAAGACGGUACUUCUGGGAAUACAGUGAACAGCUCAUGCCUUCUCUUCAGGAAGGACUACUAAGACCCUCUGAGUGGAACAGAGAUACUUUGCCGAGCAACAUGUACCAGAAGAAUGGCUUGCAUCACGGAAAAUACACAGCUAAGAAAUCUCGCAGGACUGACGUUGAGGAUCUAACCCCUAACCCUAGAAAGCUAUUACAGAUAGGAGGAGAACUGCGCAAACUUAACAAGGUGAUAAGUGACCUGACACCGGUAUCUGAACUUCCACUUACAGCCAGGCCCCGCUCUCGUAAAGAGAAAAACAAGCUGGCUUCCAGGGCUUGUCGUCUGAAGAAGAAGGCUCAAUACGAAGCAAACAAAGUAAAGCUAUGGGGGCUAAAUACUGAAUACGACAACUUGCUAUUUGUGAUCAAUUCAAUUAAGCAAGAGAUCAUGACACGAAUACAGAUUCCUUGGGAAGAGUGGUCAGCCAGCAUGGAGCAGAAAUUAGAUAUGUUGAUUAAAGAUACACUUGUGUCGCCAGUUGCUUGCAAGACGUCAGAAUUUGUAAACCAAGUUUUGGAGAAAACGUCUGAAGGAAAUCCAACUGGUGGACUAGUUGGGCUGCGCAUACCCACUUCCAAGGUGUGAUGACCCUUCAUAACAAGUGGCAUCCUCUAACAUCUUCUGUAUCUACAGUGUAAAUUUCACUUAGUUUUUGCAUGUAUAUCCAGUUGCUAGGGUUCCUUUUUUUUCUUUCUUGUAAACAGGCUUUGUAGUUUUCAGAAAUUAAGCAAAAAGAAACCUGUAAAUAGAGGACUCAAUGCAUGAAAAUGUUUCAUAACAAUUCCUGGUUAUUGGUGAAUUUGAGUUUAUUUAGUAAGACUAUCAGUAAUUCUAUGCUUGCCAUAGAGUUUCUGUAUAUUGAAGCUAAAUGUGCAAAAGAAAUAGGCAAAACAAAAAAGUGUCUUGUAAUGUCUGUGUUUUGUUUAAGAAUCAGACACUGAUUUCUUUUAGAUUUGUUUAGUUUUUGAGCUAAUGCCCAAAUUAGCCAGUGGAUGCUUAGAGCACAAAUUAGUGUGAUAAAGCCACACAACAGAUUACAUUUUCUCGUCUCUCCACAAAAGGCACCCUUUUUGGUUUAGUUUUGUGCUAGUGGACUGAAUGUCAUUUAAUCUAUUUAAAAAAAAAAAAUCUGUUGCCACAGCAAGCACUGAGGGUACCACUCGUGGUGUAAAAUCUUGCGAUUUCUAGAAAUGUUUGUCGCAAGUACAAAUAUGAUGACUUAUCUUUGUGCCUUGUAAUUUGCAGAGUUGGAAACCCUUCUAAAGCUUAAGCCGUUAAAAAUUGGUUUUGUAUGCUUUUAAAACGUAGAACAAAAAUACAAAAAAAUAAUUUUAAAAUACAAUCGUAGUGUAGUGAGCUCAAAUAUGUAGUAUAGUAAGUAAAUAUGAGGUUAAUGAAAAUGUUCAAACACCUUGUGACAUUUUUUUUUUUCUCUUCUCCAGUUGUAUAUAGGAAUAUGUUUGAAAAUGUAGAUACGUGCCACAGAGUCUGUGAAUUGUAUAGAUAAAAAAAAAAAAGUUUAAAAAAAAUUAUUAUUUUUUUUAAACACACACAUGGUGGCUCUUGAACUUUUAAAGCCGCAAGGUCUUCUUCUAUAUUUUUCAUUUAUUUAUUUUACUUUAUUUUGAACUUUUUUUCCCCUUCGGUACUUUUUAGCCGAGAAUGAAACUGGGGAAAAAAAAGAUGACAAAUUUGCACAUUAUUUUUUAUUUGUAUUUUUUUUUGUUUUGUACCAAAGACAAACACAUUGAGGUGGCAGACUGCCAGUCAAAGAAAAGAUUUGCACAGCUUAUAACAUACUGUAAUGAAUGUAAACAAUUAUAUACAUAUAAAUAUAUAUAUAUAUAUAUAUUAACCUCAAGGUCAGCAGAAUUCUAGAGAGGAAUACUGAACUGUGAAUAUUUUUUUUUUUUUUUUAUUUAGUAGUGGUCCAAUUUUAGAAGCAUGUAUACUUAUAUGUGGAUGGUGCAUUCACAAUAUUGUGUGUAAGAGAUGUAAUUUCCCUCUGUAGGUAAUUUAUCUGUAGAUGUAUAUUUGUGUCAUCAUUAUGUGUGAGGAGAUAUAAUCUCUUCAUGCAUUCCUAUAGAUAAAACAUUUUUUUGUAUUCUAUGUAUAAUAUUGAUUUUCAGAUAUUUGGAAAAUAGGUUGAGCUGCUAGAUUUCAAUAAUAUAAUUGAAUUAACUUCCAGAAUCUGAUUUAUUCCCAUUUAGACCAGGAGGUGUAUAAACGUGAUGUUUUGGUUAUGAAAAAAAAAGGAAGAUACAAAUAUAUAUAAAAUAUCUAUAUUUUUGCUACUGUAACAUGCACCUGGAGAUAUUGAGCAAGUGAGAGUGCUAUAGAAAUUCCAAUACUUAAUUUGCCAAUAUUUUUUUUUUUUUUUCUUGAUCACAAAAAGCAUGGUUCAAUUUAAAAGUUAAAAUAAUUUAGAAUGUUAAAGCAAAAGAAAAAAAAAAGGAA